CUCGUUUCCACAAACCUCAUCAGCGUAACUCUGGAGCAGAAGGGGAGGACGGGAGGAUGGGUGAGAGAGAGAGUACGGCUAUAAAUUCAAACCCGUGAUAAGAAAUGGCGGUGGAAUGGUCAAGUCGGCCUUAAGCUACUGGGGGAAGAAAAGUGUGAGACAGAGGGACGACAGGCCGGAGGUUUCGGAUGGGAAAAAGAGAAGUUUGCUAGUAGUUGCGGAAGGGAAUUCUUUGUUUACUAAAAAGAAGUGAGGCUGCCGCUCCGGAUUCAACAAACCGCAAUCGCCGUUGUGGAGGAAGAUAUCAGUCUAGUGAAGCGGUUUAUUGGCUCAGGCAAAAAAGAAGAGUUUCUCGAUAUACCUUCUGGAAACAAGCCAUAAAUUCAUCUUCCUUUAGUACAUAGGUUCUCAUGGGUUGCAUCUUCUCAAGACGUGCAGUUUGCGCACUUAGAUAUGAGGAUUCCAUUGUUCUUGCUUCUGAAACUUCUUUUGAUGUGAGUGAAGUGGAAGCGUUAUAUGAGCUUUUUAAGAAGGUCAGUGGUUCUAUUUUCAAGGACGGGUGCAUUCACAAGGAAGAGUUUCAGCUUGCACUCUUCAGGAAUUGUAACAAAAAGAAUCUCUUUUCUGAUCGUAUAUUUGAUCUGUUUGAUGUCAAGCACAAUGGAGUUAUUGAUUUUGGAGAAUUUGUCAGAGCCCUAAACAUCUUUCAUCCAGAUACACCUGAAAUUGAUAAAAUUGCAUUUGCAUUCAGACUGUACGAUCUCAGGCAUACUGGUUACAUCGAACGUGAGGAGUUGAAGGAGAUGGUAUUGGCUCUUCUUCAUGAAUCUGAUUUGCAUCUUUCAGAGGAUCUCGUAGAAACAAUUGUUGACAAGACAUUUGGUGAGGCAGAUGCUAAAGGUGAUGGAAAGAUUGAUGAGGAGGAAUGGACGGUCUUUGUGCUACAUAACCCUGCUUUAUUGAAGAAUAUGACCUUACCAUACUUAAGGGAUAUAACAUAUACGUUUCCUAGCUUUGUGAUGAGGUCAGAAUCUGAAGGUACGGAUUUGGCGGAGCUCUACUAAUUCAGCACUGUGGAAAAAAUUUGGACCUUGUGGAUCUCACUGGCUUGCUUAAGCGGGUGAUGGCACUCUCUCUUGUUGCUUGAGGGAUUAUGCCUUUUUCUUCCCACAUUCUUCAACCGCCACCAACUUGGUGGUAAAGUGGCGACCUCAAAGGACCGUAUGCACAUGCUGCACGGCAGUUCAGUCGGUGAUCUUUGCACGGUGGCGACGAAUUCUGCUGGCGGUGGACAUGUUUUCUGAAGGAGGGUGCACUCUGUGCAUUUGUAGCCUUGUGCCUUUGACAACUUUCCUAGUGAGCAGCCGCGUCUCUGGAGUGACCAAAACGCUUUCAACGUGGAUUGCAAGGCGAGAGUUCGGCUGCAGAACGUGAGGCGGACCAUGGCAUCUCGCAAAGCAAUCUUCUGUUUUGCGGGUAUUGAUCUCGAGUGUUGGACCGCUCGAGUGUCUUUUCUGUGUUCAUUUUUCCGCUUUCUUUCGUUGUACUUCGCUUAGAUGUAGAUAUGUCUGCAAGUCUACCCUUUGGAGCGAAGGAUACUUUUAUGGCUGUAAUUUUUAGGAACGGGUUUCUCACGACAUUUUGCUGUCACCUUAGCUUAGUGUCAACAGACGAAGCAAAGCUUGCUUUUAUCAUUGCCGUUGAAUCAAAACUUGCCCGAGUAAACACUUUGUUGUUAAUUCUAAUAGAGCACAAAUCUUCCCAUGUUCUGA